AUGCCAACAGAAGUCGCCAAGAGCGGGGAAACUGACGCAAAUGAGUCUCAAAAGGCUGUCUCGACUUCGAAGCUCACCAGCAGGGAUGAUGCUUCGGUAGACGAAGCAACGACUGGUGUUGCCUAUUGGGAGAAAAGACGCGCUGAGUGGCUUCAGGAAUCAUCCAAACCACGGUCCGAGGCCGCAAACGGUGACAAUGGACCCGGCUCUCGUGCACGGGCGCGUUUGGAGGCAUUGCUUGCGGCUCCGCUUGCAGAGGAGGAUGAUAUGAUAUGGAAUGAUAGCGUCAGUGGGAUAUGGAAAGGACUCUCGCGCGGAGACCGCUUGAAGAAGAACCUGCCGCUGCCUGUCCUGAUAAAGAUCUUGCGAGGAGCGUGGCUACGAGACGGUACAUGGCCACGGAACCUCCCAAUUCCGGCAGACGAUCCAAACGACAUGGCAAUUCCCGAGCCACCAUCAAGAGGUCAGCAGUGGCUCAAUGGCACAAACGCGCGAUGA